AGGAUAAAAGCGAAGCGCAAAGGAAUUUCGUAUUUUAUUCACUUUUUCACUUUUUGCUACAAUUUUUUCUUGGAGGGAAGGAGGGGUGGAGGCACAAGGACGCUAUAAAAUCUCAACUCGGCAAAAACCGGCGGUUCCAGGAGUCGUUGGCGUGGUUUUCCAGCCGGGAAGGAGGGUGGUUUUGGAGAUUGCGAAGGAUGAUGAUGACGAUGAGAAGUGGAUGAAGGCCUGACAUAGAGUUUGGGGAGGAUUAAUUCUUUCAAGGGAGAGAAGGGGACAGAGGUUGAGAAAGGGAGGAGUGGAGAGGGAGGAACAGAGAGGGAUACCUGUGGGCGGGGAGGCGGUUUCCUGGUUAACAUCGGUUUUUCUGUAGUCCCCUUUUAGUUGAAGUGGGGGGAAGGCUUAUAUGUUGGUUAAGGAAGGAGAAGAGGUGGGGGAGGGAGAGGAGGAGAGAGUCAUGAGUGGAGGUGGUGGUUGUGCUUAUGGGUGCAGUAACAAGAUGGAGGCAGAGUAUAAAAGGAGGCACCACAAGCACGAGACGGCUGAGAACCAGUGUACCUCUGUUGUUGUAAAGCACAUCAAAGCUCCAGUUCCUCUGGUUUGGUCGCUGGUCCGGAGGUUCGAUCAACCACAGAAAUACAAGCCGUUCAUCAGCAGGUGUGUGGUCCGAGGUGAUCUCACUAUCGGCAGCGUGAGGGAAGUUAAUGUUAAAUCUGGGCUUCCGGCUACCACAAGCACAGAGAGAUUAGAAUUUCUUGACGAUAAUGAACACAUACUCAGCAUGAGGAUCGUUGGAGGUGACCACAGGCUCAAGAACUACUACUCCGUGAUCACUCUGCAUCCAGAGGUCAUUGACGGGAGGCCUGGUACACUGGUGAUCGAGUCAUUUGUGGUGGAUAUUCCAGAAGGUAACACCAAGGAUGAAACAUGCUACUUUGUGGAGGCGCUGAUCAAAUGUAACCUCAAGUCACUGUCAGAAGUCUCAGAGAGACUAGCAAUUCAAGAUAGAACCGAACCCAUUGAUCCUGCCUGAGUUGCCGGAGGGUGGGUGGAAAUGGAGGAGGGGAAAGAAGAGGGAAUCUGCGAUGAUACUGGAGGAACACAUGGGUGGAGACUCUGAGACCUGAGCUUUCCCCGUUUCUCUUGUGUGGUUCUUUGUUUUCGGUUUUUCAAUUUAAGACUCGUGUCUUUUGUCUGUUAAGAGCUGGGAAAUCCCCAGGAGGGGGAGAUGGUGAAGGGCCGGCUGAGGCUGUGAACGCAUCCCCAACUGCCCUCUCUAGGUGCUUUGCUUCAGUAUGCAAAAGAAAAACACUCAGCAUUCCCAUGAGGAUUGUUGGUGGCGUAAUUUUUGACGGCCAUGGAACCAUCUCUUCUCACCGGUGGUUUCCUUCCUUACUGCUGAUAAAAAGAAAGGAAAAAGAAAGCCGCUGGAAUUCCCGACGCUGUUUCUCCAUGGAAAAGGGGUGAGAAAGGAAAGCAGAAUAAGAAGGAUCUCCAUGAAUGAAAAAGUCACCGUCUGAUCGCUUCUUCAUUAAGGUCAGGGAUUUGUUCGGACAGGAAGAACCGGUUGUCUACUCUGUAUUGUGCAAGUGUUGACCUUCUUUUCCGUUUCUGUUGUUCAAUGAUCUCAUUUACUGUUCCCGUGUAUCGUCCUGGAAUUCAUGGUGUUCAUUUUGAAACGUAAUAGGAUUCUGACCAUCAAUCUCCUUGGAGAA